UAACACUCUUGAGCUCUCCAAUUUGCAUAUCAUCAAAACAGAGAAAAUGGUGGUGAAGGUCUACGGUGCUUCAAGGGCAGCCUGCCCUCAGAGGGUGUUGGCUUGCCUCUUCGAGAAAGGAGUAGAAUUUGAACUUGUGCCUGUUGAACUUGAAAAAGGAGAGCAAAAGAAACCUGAGUUCCUUCUCUUGCAGCCUUUUGGUCAAGUUCCGGUCGUGGAAGAUGGUGAUUUGAGGCUCUUUGAAUCCAGGGCUAUUGUAAGGUACUACGCAGCAAAGUAUGCAGACCGUGGACCUGACCUAUUGGGCACAACCUUAGAGGAGAGGGCCCUGGUGGACCAAUGGCUGGAAGUAGAAGCACACAACUUCAAUGAUUUGUGUUUCACUCUCAUGUUUCAGCUUGUGAUCCUUCCAAGGAUGGGUCAGCCUGGAGAUUUGGCCUUGGCUCAUAGCUGUGUGGAGAAGCUAGAAAAAGUGCUUGAUGUGUAUGAAACAAGGCUUUCUGAAACCACUUAUCUUGCUGGAGAUAAGUUCACUUUGGCUGAUCUGAGCCACCUUCCAGGGAUUGAACAUCUCAAAGAGACUGCCAAAAUGGGGCACUUGAUUACUGAGAGGGAGAAAGUGAGUGCUUGGUGGGACAAGAUUUCAAGUAGGCCAGCUUGGAAGAAAUUAAGGGAGCUGGUUCAGUAAGUAGGAGAUGUUAUAACUCCAAUUCUUAUAUGUUAUUUGUAUGAGUAGUAGAUGCUUUGUGUUUUCAUAAGAUGGUAGAAAAAAAGAGUGUGGGACUGGUGAUGGUUAUCUUUUGGUUUGGAAAAUAAUUUGUUCACACAUCAAUUCCAUUCACACCCUUAAAUUGUUAGGAAUGGAAAGUGUGUGAAAAUAUGAUAAAGAGAAUAUGAGUGUGAUGUAUCAAAAUUUGUUUUAUGUUUGGUUACGUUGGUAAGCAGUGUAAGGAUAUGGGUGUAGCAAAAAAUA